AACAGAGGCAGGGGGAAUCACGUGGAUAUACAUUGGCUAACGGGGAUUAAUAACACUGGUGUCUUGAUUGAAGUUCAGCUGCUUUCCCUGGCAAAGAGGAGGUGGGGUAGGGGAAGAACGAGAAGGAAAGGGAGAUAAGUAGAGGAGGGAGUUGCAAACACAUACUGUAGGAGAAUAAGAGCAGGGAGGAAAGACAGAUAUGGGGAAAGAAAAGGGAAAUAGAAAAAUGGAGUUAGAGCAGUGAGAGGGAGUGGGAGGAAGAAAGAGCGAGGAUAGGAGGCAGUGCAGUGCAGUGGGGAGGGGGGAGAGAGAGAGAUCUAGAGACAGGAAGCAUCCACUGCUACUGAGCCAGUCAGACGCAGGCAGGCAAAGAGAGAAGACUGAGGAGGGAGGCCUCGGCAUCUCCAAGGCCACAGUAGUGAGGGGGUGACGAGCUCAAGAGCACUACAACCGACUGAACAGUGGGAGGAGAAGCAAACAUGAAGGAGAAGAGCAGGGAAUAAGGCAGGGUGAUAAAUUCAGAACCAGGCUUCAACAGGAAAAGGGAGGUGGGCAGCAGGAUCGGAGCUGAAGAGGGUGGAAGCAGAUAAAAGUUUUGGAGAGUAGGAACCAGGAGAAGGCAGAGAGGAGGCCUAGAGUGAAGACAGUCCAUGUUGAUGGCAAAGGUAGGAGGAGAUACAUGGAAAAAGAGGAGGAAGCUGUGUUGGUCUCAGGAGUCCUCCUGUUCCUCUCCGGCGUCUUCUCUCUGUGAGGCGACUGGAUCUCAUCCAUCACCAUGUUCUCUGACAGCAGGCCUCGGGAACAGAAGGGCUUUAAGCCUCACGCCCCCCACUUCAUACCAUGGCUGCGCAAUAGUUUGAAGCCCCACCACAGCAGUGACUUGGGACUCAACGGACCUUACAAAUCCAGCUCUGAUGCCAGCAAAAAUCUGACCCCACUGGAGAAAGCAAAAGGGAUCGGCUUCUUUUCCAAGGAGAAGAAGGGGGAUCUGCGGUGCAAUGGUGUUGGGAUGGCGAGGAUGCUGCCUGUGGUUCUGAGAGGACAUCAUAUACUGUCAGGAACUCUGGGGAAGCAGAGGGAGGAAAGUCCUGCCAAGUGGAACCAGACCCCAGAGCUUCAACUAGAACCAAACAUCGAUUCAAGGGAUGGGCCGAAGGUGCUGGACAAGACCUCCACCUCUGUUCAGGACAACCACACCUUUGACAAGAACCAUGGCAGCAUUCUGAGCCUGAUUCAGUGUCAGAAUGAAGAGACCACCACCUCAGCCAGGAAAUAUGGGCCAUUAGUGGGACCCCCUCCCACUCCUGUUCCUGCUUUGGAGUCAAACUGUGAGGUGCCUGUUGUGGUGUGCAUGGAGGACAAGGGGGGGAAGGUGUGGAACUACUCCAGCCAUAUGUACAGCCACAGAGACUUGCAUUCAUCCAGCUGGUUGGGCUCAGACACACAGGGGGUCAUAAAGAGACAACAUGGCUUCAGCUCCAACUUCAGCUUCAUCAAACACCAGAGCAGGAAUUCCCAGAGCCACCGAGACCUGAGCACACUGAGGGAGCCCCCUGUGGAUAGCUUCAAUGGGCCCCUCAAUGGACUCAUCUUUUCCACAGAGGUCCAUCACAGAGGCCUGGGCUGCAGCACCACCGUCAGAAGGCCCAGAAAACCUAGACCAAGCUCAGAGCGCAUUUCCAGCCAGAGUCAGACGUGGUUACAACAGAGGACUUACAGUGAAUCGGAAGGAAUACACCAGAAGGAAGCAAGGUGCAACAGAAAAGUGGUUCGAAACCAGAUUAAACGUGUGGUGGAUAACCUGGAGCAGGUCCUGACAGCACUGAGGGAUGUUCAACAGGAAAUGAAAGAGGUGGUGCAUCAAAUUGACUACCUAACAUCGUCCAUUGAUCUGAAUGAGGACGAGCAGCAACAGCAUGGGACCAGAGGAGGAGAUGAUAUCAAGGCUCACAGUAGCAGCAGCUCCAGCUCAGGUUCCAGCUCCAGCACCCGUCAGAGAUCAGCAGAACCUGAGGAUCAGCCAGGAUCAGGCGUGUGGAGGGAUCAUCCAACCAAGAGCCAGUCUCCAUCAAAUGUGCUGCUGCUUCCUGUAGAGAGGAAUCAAACCCCACGCUUCACCUGUACUGUUGGGUCUUUUCCGAGACAAGCUGCUAAUCUCCUACUGUCAGUGUCAGACAAGACAAGCAGCCCACCUCAGUCCCAAACCUCCUCUGAAGUUACUGCAUCUCCACAAAUGACCCUCCCAGUUCGCCCCCCCACUCCUGGCCUUUCCCCUCUAACAGUAAACCUCUAUCACCCCAACAGUCCUGUUUCUCACCCCCACUCUCCCAGGCCUUUCUCCUCCAUCAGAGUCAGCCCCAUCUCACCUCAAUCUCCCCUAUUUCCAAAGCCUCACCUGCCCCCCUCCCUUAGCCCUUCUGUUUCCAAAGAGUCCAAACUGAGAUCUCAUCAGACCCCCCAAGGCGACCCCCCAUCUGCUGGCCCAGUCCCUGCAACAUCGACCCAGCCUCCUUCUGCCAUAUGCUCCCCCACCAACUACCAAACACAAACGGUAUCCAAUGCUGACAGAGAGAGACGGGCAUCCUUGGCAGGGGCUCACAGACCCUCCCAGGUGUAUGCCCCCCCCCCUGCAGCAGCAGCCAAACCACCAACAUCACAAGGCCGCAGAGGUCGUAAGCCUCCACCGUACCCACAUCACAGGCUUUCUGAAAACACAAACAAAGCCAAGGAGCCCCGCAAAGCCCCUCCAUACCCAGAGAAAAGAAGGCUGCUCUCGACCACUGUGUGAGACAAUGCAGCAGGAAAAGGACAGGGGGGAGGCUGAAUGAACAGAGCCAUAGUCACAGCACCAGCCAUGAGUCUGCAAAGAGUGGAGAGUGAUUUAAGGUUCACAGAGUUGAGCUGACACCAAGUUUCCAAGGUGACAGGACUUAGACGCAUCUUGGGGAUCUGGAUCUGGAUGUUUCCUGUUGUGGCUGUAAAUGGAGACUUAUCGAUGACAAAGCGACACAAACACAUCCCCCGCUGAGUAUUUCCUCAACCAAGAGGAUCAGUGUCUUCUUGACAGAUGAGGGGAACCAAACCCUGGCUAAAAAGGGCACGGAGCCAAAGCAGGAGGAGGGAAAGAUGUGUAUGCCACUAACCACUGAGUGCCAGGUCUCGUCCUUGCCAAGGGGAAAGAGACACAUCAAGAUGUGAUUCACUUCACAGAUGAACCACAUCAGACCUCCACUAAAUGACUGAACUCAGAGUCCAGACAUCAACCUCUGAUACACACAUCAUGAGCCCAGCCCAAAUAAGUUUGACUUUUAGAAUGAAUAAAAUUUCCUGUUACUUGA